AUGUGGGAUCAAAUUAUUAAUACAGAUUUUUCAGGAAAAUUUACUUUAGAAUCAUAUUCAAAUUCACAUAGUGAAAGUAUUUGGGCAACAGAUGCUGAUGAAAUAUCACCAGCAUACCGUAAUCGAUCAAAAAACAAGUUUGCGAGUAGUGUUAUUUUUUGGGAUGGUAUUUCAUACAACAGUUUAGCUCCUAAAAAUGGUCCCAUUGAUGCUACAUUAUGGUUACAAAAACAAGUGAAAGAUAAACAAAAGAAAAGAAAUUAUAUGAAUGGUCAAUUAUAUGAUAAAUUUAUUAAAGAAAUCGCUUAUGAAAAAAUUCAAAAUGUAUGUUGA